AUGCAGGACCGGUCCUUACGCAACGACAAAAAGCUGCCUGGCCUGCGCGAGUCGUUCCGGGAGGUCCUGGCGCUCAUCGAGAAUGAACGCCGCGCAGGCAUCUCUGCGCCCAACAUCAUUCUCGGCGGUCUCAGCAAUGGUUCUGCCAUGUCACUCAUCUGUGCCAUUGCCCUGGGAGGCUGCGGCUUCAUCGGCGGAUUUGUUGGCCUGAGUGGGUGGAUGCCUUUCCAGAAAGAAAUUGAACAACACAUUCAUAUUAGCGACGACGACAGCAGCGCCACCAAGGCCGCAGACGGCCGUGCAUACGUCCGCGAGUUACUCCAGUGGGAUACCGUUCUUGAGGAACAGGUGGAUUUGAUGCCCAUUUUUCUCGGACACGGCGCCGUUGAUGAGAAGCUGCCGUUGGCUUCGGGUGAGGAGGCAAGCCGCACCAUGUCAAAUCUGGGAUUUGAUGUCGAAUGGAGACCUUACGAGGGGCUAGGCCACUGGUACAAAAUUCCAGACGAAAUUGACGAUGUAGUCAGCUUCGUCAACCAAAAGUGUCGGUGGGAAGCAAGCGACAAAACCGCGAGCACCUGA